AUGGCCGCGUCCCUGCGUGCGGCGUGUGUACCCGCGACGUUCAGCGACCUAGGCCUAUUUGGCGCCGAAGUGCUCUCUAUCAAUACUGCACUCGUAACCAAUUACACGGCUUCUUCGGCUGAUCUUAUAAGAGGCACCCAGCCUUCGACAGAAAUUCACAAUGCAACCUUCUGCAACGUCACCGUAUCCUACACACACCCGGGACAAGAAGACAAACUAUUUGUCGAAACCUGGUUACCCAUUGAGAACCCAACGUGGAACGACCGUCUGCAGGCAUCUGGGGGUGCGGGCUGGGCGGCCGGCCGCCAGGCUGUCACUUAUGAGAUGAUGGUUGGGUCACUCGCCGAUGGCUAUGCGUCAACCACAACGGACGCCGGGCUCGGGAACAACCUGGAUCCCGCGGUUUGGGCUGUGAAAAGCCCUGGAAACAUCAACUGGUACAAUGUCAACAACUUUGCCUCUGUGGCCCUCAAUGAUCAGGCCAUCAUUGGCAAAGACGUCGUUGAAAGCUUCUACGGCAGGCCCGCAGCCUAUUCGUAUUUCAACGGCUGUUCCCAGGGCGGCCGCCAGGGGAUGAUGCUGGCCCAACGGUACCCCACAGCAUAUGACGGUAUCACGGCGGGCGCCCCCGCCAUGUACUUGCCCCGGACGGCACCGGCGAUGUAUUGGCCGCAGGAAGUGAUGAACAUGUUGAACAACUACCCGUACGGGUGCGAGCUAGAGGCCAUUACCGCUGCCGCCAUUUCCGAGUGCGAUGACCUCGACGGUGUAGUCGACGGCAUCAUCUCGGACAUCGACGCCUGCCUCGCCGCUUUCAACCCCUCCAAACUCAUCGGCACCCCGGUCCCUAACUGCCGCCAGGCGGGCAAUGAGACGGUCAAGAUCGGUACUGCCGCGACGGUGAUCGCCAAUGCCACUUGGCACGGCGUCAUCACAGCUAACGGGGCCUGGACCUGGUAUGGUCUAGGCCCGGGCACAGAUAUCAGCAACGAGGGUCUCACCGCACUUAGCAUAGCAGGCACCGCGGCAACAAAGUGCGACUCUGGUGUUUGCGUUGGCCGGCCAAACCAAUUGGCGGUUGACUGGCUGGAGGCAUUCGUCGGAAAGGGAGACCCCAGCUUGGACAUCUCGAAGUUAACAUACAGCCAGUUUGAUGACAUGGUACAUUCUGGCCGUCAGAUUUACGGCUCUUUUGAGAGCGCUGACCCGGACCUUUCUCGCUUCCGCGAUGCUGGUGGUAAGCUGUUAAGUUGGCACGGCCUGAAAGACACUUCCGACUUCUACCGUCAUUACGAGUUCCCCGGAUUGGGACAUUGCUUUGAUCGCGCAAGCGGCCAGCCUACCAGCCUCUUUGAUCAGCUCCGGACUUGGGUUGAGAACGGGACCGCGCCGGAACAUACACCUGUUGAUGUCAAGGUGCUUGACGGAUCCAUUCAGCAUCGUAUCGUUUGCCCGUACCCACAGGUCGCAAAGUUUCAGGAGAAGGGAUGCGAGGACCCCGCCGAAGCGAGUUGUUGGUCCUGCGAAGCAGCGUAG